CCAUAGACAAAGUAGACUGAUGCUAUCAAAUACUUGUCAAGUGCUUAAAAAUUUUUGAGGUUAGAUUUUCCUUUAAAAUAGAAAUUUAAUACAAAAUUAAAAUAAAAAAAUAUUUGUAAAUACAAAAUAGUGAAAAUGGAUUCCUUAUCUACUGGAUCACUAAGUGGAGCACAAAAAGAGGAAUUAAUGGAUCAGGUUAAACAACAAAUUGCGAUCGCAAAUGCACAAGAACUUCUGACGAAAAUGUCUGAGAAAUGUUUUAAAAAGUGCAUAAAUAAACCUGGAACUUCCCUUGAUAAUUCAGAACAGAAAUGCAUAGCUAUGUGCAUGGAUAGGUAUAUGGAUGCUUGGAACCUUGUCUCAAGAACCUACAGCAGUCGUAUUCAACGAGAAAGAAAUAUGUGAAAGAUUUUAAGUGUGCUAAGCUUAUGCUGUGCUGUAAAUAUAGAGAAUGUAGUAACCAGUGCAUUUCUUAUGUGAGUUGCGUCUACCAAUUGUUAUGUGUUAUGUUUAAUAAAAAGUUUUAGGUU